UAGCGGCAUCGUGCUUGUUUUUUCAUCCUUAUCUUCAAGAAAAUUUGGUUGAUAAUCGUUUGGCAAGACUGUUUGGUGUGUUUGUAGUGGCAUCGAUCAAACUUAGCUAUCUAUUGUCAGGGGAACGCGAAAUAUCGCUCAUUAUAUGUGGUCGUCUGCUGCGCAUAACUUUAGUUUCGGAUCAGGAACCGUCGGGCUUACUAGUAAUCUUUGUAAAUCUUGGAAUUUAUCAGGAAUUCCACGUGAUUUAGUGAUGUGAACUGGGAAUAACCUACCGCCAUAGACUCUAAAAGAUGCCUGAUCAAUGAAAUAAGAACCCUGAUGUACCAUCACAAGGGAAAUAACCAAUCUCACCACAACGUUAGAAAAUAGUAGUAUUUGCUGACAUUCUGCUGUAAGGAAGAGAGGAAUUCCCCAAUGUCUCUUCAGAAAUGUCUUGAAGAAGCAUUCACAAGGUUGAAACCUGAAGCACCAAUUGUGGUGGAAAGGGGCAAGUGCUUCAUCACCCUCAGCUGGAGCGUCCCAAGACAGUUCCAGUUUUUAGAUGACCAGUUCAUAUACAGAAUUGAAAGGAACAAUAAAAUGCCGCCAUGGGUCGUCGAAUAUAGCGGUGGGAAGACAACAAAAAUCAUUGACAAUUUGUCUCCUCGACAUCCUUAUAGAUUCCGUCUGAAAGUACAAUUGAAAGCCACAGCUGUUCCGAAACUCCCAGAUAAGGCUUUACAUUAUUAUGGUGAUGAAUCUAUUGUUCGCAAUAAUAUCAAAGAUUUGGUAGGUCCAAGUGAUGACAAGAGAGGGAGAAAAGAAUUUGAAAGAGAUGAUCACAAAGAUAACGGUAAAAGAAACAGCUUGGAUGAAGACCAGCAUGUUGCAGCUAGAUAUGAUAAUCACGUAGCUGCAGAUAACAAAAGAUAUGCAACCCCAUCUGGCAAAAAUUGGUUGGACUCCCAAUGGUCUGAAGAGACUUGGACAAGCACCGACACGGACGGCACCUCCGCCGUAUGUUUCUGCAUGGCAGUACGAUGUGGAUACAUUAAACAGGUUCAAGUGAUGCUGGAGGAAAGACCAGCUUUGAUCGGGAUUGUUAAUUCCAAUAAUGGAUUUACUCCUCUCGCCACAGCCGUCAGAAAAGGUGACAUCAACAUGGUGAAGUGUCUACUGUCAGCUGGAGCCGAAAUAGAGCAGCGAUCGUCUGCUGGACAGACGGCUCUCCACCUGGCAGUGCUGGGCAGGCAUCCUAACAUAGUGGAGUUAUUGCUAGAGAUAGGGGCAGAUUUCAAGGCUCGUGAUGUGAAUGGACUGCAGGUGGAGCACUAUGCUGUAGACUCCUGCGACCUGGAAACGCUGAGACUUGUGCUGGAUAAGGGUGGUGACGUCACAGCUAUAGACAACAACGGCUGGACGCCACUAUUUAGAGCUUGUAAGGAUUUAGGAAAGAUUGUGUGCCAGGGUGCGUCGACGGCUGUGGUGGAUGAACUGAUGUUGCGCGGGAGUGAUCCUGGGAUUAGGGACCUCGCAGGCCUGCCCCUGACAUCAGUCGCUAGGUUACUCAAGAACAGGCAUGGCCGCAGCCGAGACUCAGUCCUUCGGCUGGUGGAUAGCACUUAUCCACACGAGAAAGCUCUCGCCAACUUCACAAGGCUCACCAAAAAAAUUUACAACGUACACGCUAUUUUUAAAUAAUGGGAAGAUGAAGACCUAAACUUCACGGGGUACAGGACAUAGACAAGGCAGGCAACACGUGAGUGACAUUUUCUGGUAUUACAGGCGUCUAAGGCUGUGAGGACCACGUACAACCAGGUAGACUACAAUAUGUAUGUUUGCCAACCAUCUUUACAUAAAAAUAUCUUAUAUCAACUUCACCAUUGCAACUGGAUGGAAGUUCAUAAUGGAUCUACAACACUUGUAAAGGCAGCCAAAAAUUAAAAAAGCUAGCUAGCUGAGAUGCAACUUUAAAUACCUAGAUUGGAUAUCAUAAUUAUUUUGUAACAGAAGUCAGAAUAAAAGAGAAGAGAUAAAAAUAAACUUAUUUAUUAAUAGAAAAACAUAUUUACAAACAUCUUAAAUCUAACGGAGUAUUGAAUUGCAUUCAACGUGUGACAAAGUGGUAACAGGAGUGAUUAGAAUAUAUUAUCGAAGGAGACACCAACCGCAACGAGGGAAACUCGAAACCCACAGCCAUCACCCCUAGCAAACAACACGAAAUGCAUUUAAUGGCAAGGCUUACGUUUACACAAUAAAUAAGUUACUUAAACUCAUAUUUCAAAAGAGUUUUAAGAGCGUAGCAAGUAGUAGAAGAUUCCAAUGUAUGGAAAAUUUACUAGAUGAUGAUGAAGACCAUUCGUGACCUACAAGGUCACUAGAAGUGCUAUACUCCUUUGUCGUUUGUUCUUCCACUGUGCCUUUUUCAAACUGAGUAACUUUUGUAUCUCUUUUCUUUCUCAUAGCUCUUUCUUCGUCUUCGUAUUCUUCAUCUACUUCUUCUUCUUCCUCAUAUUCUUGUUCUUCACUUUUCACUUCGUGUUUCUCACUCCCCUCAGGUUGCAAGUCGUCUCCUUUCGAUUCACUUUCUUUGUUGUAAGAAUUAACCAGUUUCAGAUGUGUUUUUCGAGUUUCAAGUGAUGGUGGAGUGAGCUCCUUAGCAGUUUCUGUACUGAUAUGUGCACUUACGAUGGGAGGUAUAGCACCCUUGAAUGGCCCGAAUUGUGGUGUUUUUAGCAGAAAUUCUGAACUGGCAGGUAGCUUUGAUGAGAAAACUUUAGUAUUAUCUUUAAUUUCAGGGAUGUUAGUAAGGGUAGCGGCGGAAACAGUUUUACCAUCAUAAGUUGUGAAUGUUUCUUGAUUCAACGCUAACUUUUGAGAAUGUUCUUUUGGUAAUUUUGGAUCAGGUGGUAAAUAUUGUGGACUGACUCUAUUUGAUUCCAUAACCAUAUCCGAUGGAACCUCUUUAUCCAUAUUUUUGUUGCUAAAUAGUGCGUUUAGUUGUUCUUCGGUCUUUACGUAUACGGGGUGUGGUCUAUCUUCUUUGGCAUGGUUACUUGGAAAUACUUCCCUUGUUCUGUCAUCCGUUGGAAUCAAAUGAUCAGGAGGGGAGGGUACGAACAUCGGCUCAAAAGUUUCUGUGAUCUUAUCACUUGGUUUUCGAUCAUAUACGUGAUUGAUGUACUGGGGUGACUCGUCAUAGUCUUCUUCUACAUCAGUAUCUUCGCGUCUAUUAGCACCUUGGUCUUCACUAGUAGCUAUUCUAUCCUCUGCAGCCAUUAAUGGUUCUCUAAUGAUGGGUUUAAAGCCACUCUCGACUACAAUUGAAUCCGGCUUAAAGCCAGUGUUUACAGCUGGAAAAGCUGGGUGUGUUGAGGAUUCCAUUGACUCUCCCAUGAAAUCAGAUGAUUUUAUAUCAUUCUGUGAUUGAACUCGAUCAUUGUCAACCUUUGUAUUUUGCUUAGGUGGCUGUGGAGAUUGAAAUGUUGGUGAUGGUGGUGUGAAUAUGGUUUGAUGUUUAGUAUGAGUCAUUUGUUGAUCAAGAGGUAAGGGAUGAUCCAUUGGUUUGCCUAAUAUGAUCUGACCUUGACUUGGCCGGCUAACAUACGUCUGCGGAACGCUCUGCUGAGUGAUUGCAUCACCCAGACCUGGUAAAGUAAUUUGACUUCUUACUACUUGAUUCAUUAUGAUAUCAGUUUGGCCAAGAUUAAGAGUAGCAGCUAGAGACGGUCCUCCAUUACUUGGCUUGCCUACAACUAUUGAUGAUUGCGUCUGUGGAUCUUGAGGCGGCUGUAGAGGCUGAGCAGGGUGAGAAGGCUUAUGGUUAUAUUUCAUCGGUCCUGGCUUAUGAUGUUGGAAUGGUGGCAUCGUUUUCACUGGCGGCACUCCAGGUGGUAGGCGCACAGGACCGAUUGGCAUUCUUCCGGGAUGUUUCAUCGGAGGUUUUUUCAUUCCAUGUGAGUUAUGAGAUCCGGGCAUCGGUAAUGGGUACCCGUUACUUCCUUUUUGGUAUCCGGACGGUGGACGCCGCAGUUUGAUUUCUGGUGGUAGCGGACGUCUAAACGGUGGUCUAGGGCCUGGUUUUCCCAUUGGGUUCGGCCGUAAAACUGACUGUAGCGUUAAAGGUUGUUGGUUGGGCGGUAAAAAGAAUGUUUCAGGAGUGCGUCCGACCACAUAUUCAUCUCCUUCUCUCAAAGGCCGUUCUGGUACGAAUGUUUCGUCUACGUUCUCAUGAACUUUGUACUGCGUGGGAACUCUGGUCUGGUUCCUCCUCAUCUCAUCUCGCAUCUCGCUCUCCAGACUCUCGACUGCGUGGAUCACCUCCUUGAUCUGCACUUUGGACACGGGCAACUCGUACUCCUCGGGCCGCUCGCUACUUCUACUGAAAUCGUUAUAAUUUGGUUUCGCUUCGGCAUUGACUUUGUGGCGGCGGUCGAAGAUGUUAUUGUCUGGUGUGACACGACUUUGUACCUGUAUAGAUUCUUCGCCGAUGAGAUCCUCCGGGGGGAGGACGCUCUCGACUAUGCGGCUCUCUUCCGCCUCGGUGGCGUCGCACUCGUCAACCACGUUUAUCUUCCAGCCGAGAUGACGAUGUGUGAAGCACUGAUAAUAGACUGUAUCCGGAGUGUUCUUGUCAGGGGUCCAUGUGACGACGCCAGGGUUGCCUUCCUCGCAAACCAGGGUCAAUGACCUCUGGUAGGCUCCGAAGGACGGGUAUUCAUCAGCUUCAGGUCCUGAAGUGUCGGGGGUCCAGUUGCAGAGGCGGCCAACGCCGGUAGGGAUAAGUUCGCCAUUACGCGACCGACGUACACCAGCAAAGAUUUUCACAACCUUCUUUUCCUCAUCGUUCUUGUGAUAGUACCCUCCUACGGGGUCAUCAGUAAUGUAGAAAGGAUGGUAGCGCGCUGGCACGCCCGGGUCAGCACCGCCCUCAGUCACGAACGUGUAUCGGCGCCCGCGCACUACAUUGAUCUCGGGGAUGAGCAGCCCGUUAAUGUACCACGAUAUUCCCCAACCCACGUGACCUGUGAUAGCGGAAUAGCCUUGCUUGCCCCCGGUUGGUCCCAUCUGCGCGUAGAACACGCCAUCUGGCGGCUCGUAACAUUGGAUGGCGGGGAUCUCCCAGGGUACCGCUUUCGGCACCGGCUUCGGUGUCGGAACCGGGUUUGGCUUGAUAACUGCUGUCUGUUCCUGCGCUGGUCUACUGGGUCUGGUCACCGGUUCGGGAACUGGUUGCUCCUUCUGCUCCUCUUCACUCUCGGGCAUAGGGCAGUUCCACACUGGGGGACGUCCAAAUUCAAUGAACUUGUCGCCCUUAGUGAAAUGAUGAUGGUAAGAGACUUCGUUCCUAGAGUUAAGCGGUCCAAGCGCCCAGAUGAUGGGCUGGGUGCCGUUGGUGAACACGGGCCUGUCCAGCUCGUCGGAUGCUUUCAAUGCUCGCUGAUACGUCACAAUGGAGUAACCAUUCACAAGCGCAGCGUUGAGCAAUCGGACUGAAUUGGUCUUCUCCCCAAGCCUCUCAUCAGGGCAGGAUCCCCUGACUCCCGCGCACUGACUCUUGGCAUCCAGGUAGUAGUCCACCGCGUAUCCCUUGAGGGUCUCCUUGUCCACCCAGGCCACCGCCACGUCGCCGCCCACCAUCUGUGAGUGGUCAGCAUCGCCCGAAAUGCCGAAAGACAUGUACUCGCCGUCCUCUAGUUUGGCGACCAGCUGAAGUACGAUACUGUCCCCGGCAACUGCCCAGCGUACUUCGAAGGCCAGUUCAUCAUGCAGUACUUCGCAGUUCAGCUUCGAUUGUGGCGACACACCCAGCAUCUUGAGGCUGGGCGGCACGUUGGCAAGCGAAGCGUGCGGUAAAGUCACGUGUCCGAAGUUCACCGUGAAGGCUUCGCACCACACCGCGAAAUGGCCAAUGUCAAACACCGUCAGGUCCCCGGGCAAGGUCAGGACGAUGGUUUUCUUGUCGUACUUUCUGAGUGGCACUUCUUUCCCGUUCUCGUCAGGGAUCCGGAUGCCUUGAGGGGAAGGUGUCUCUCCGCGACCCACCCAGAAUUUGGCAUCUGGAGCCUCUCCGUCGUACGAGAAGUUGGGCACGAGCAGUGUCUGCGCGUCUACCACCACCACAGGGUCGGAGGAGACGCCGUGCACCCCGCGUAAAGCGCCAACCUUCGCUGGCUUCGGGAACUCCCCGUCGCGAGGGAUCGACACGUCGCCGAAGUUCACCGAGUAAUCGUCGCACCACACGCUAAACCAGCGCACGUCCUUCAGUGUGUGCCCGUCGGGGAGAGAUAUCGUGACGCCCUCGCCGCGGUAUCGCCGCAGUGGGCCCGUGCCGCCGCGUUCGUCACGCAGUCGGGUUGCUCCCGCCGCCAUUGGAGUCUUGGACGUACCCACAUAGAAGUAUGCGGCUGGCCCUACUCCAUCGUAAUGGAACCCAUCGAUGUACAGCGUGCGCGCGUCAACUGCGUAGACGGUUCCACGCACGCCGUGAUGCAGCUCCGACAGGGGACCCAACCGCUUGCCUAAGUACCGGGCGCUGGAGCAUGUGCCUGUAACAAUAAGAA